CUUAUAUUACGCACGGAUGAUGAUUUUAAUUGGUUGUAAAUUGAGGGAAUAUGAACUGUGUAUGCAUUUACAAUAUUCAUAAUUAGAAAAAAAUUACAACCUACAACCGAGUUCAUCUUAAUUGUUAAAUACGUUCAAUUCGAUAAAAUUGUAAUAUACUUAAAGUUAUUUAACAAUAUGGAAGAAAUAUUAUCAAAAUUAUUAGUGUCUAACAGUAAAACUAUUCAAGAGGGUACCAAAGAACUUCGAGAAGCCUUUAAAAAACCCGAAGCAGUACCGGCGUUAUGCGAUGUACUAGUAACAUCUUCUCACCCGCAAAUAAGACAAUCGGCUGCUGUUCUUCUAAGGAGAAAAUUCGGUAAAAAGAGAUAUUGGAGCAGAAUCAAUGUUGACAUAAGAAACAGAAUUAAAGAAGGUAUGCUUCAAGCUUUGGUAAAUGAACAGGAAAAAUUGGUUAAAAAUUCGAUUGCUCAAUUUAUUGGUAUUAUAGGAAAACAUGAGUUUCCUGAUAAUACUUGGCCUGAAGUUUUGCAAUUCAUCCAUACUUUGACUAGCAGUGAAAAUAAUUUUGAUAAAGAGCUUGGAAUGUAUACUCUUUCAAUAAUGACUGAAAUUGCUCAAAGCUCAUAUAUAGUUCAUGCAGAAUCUUUUGCUAUUCUGUUCACAAAUAUAAUCAAUAACGUUACCGACUUAAAAUCAAAUUUAGCAUAUUAUACAGUAAUCACAAUGAAAAAUCUUGUGUCUGUUAUUGGUGGACAUCAGCAGAUGAUCAACGUAUAUCAUUCUCUAUUACCAAAAAUACUUCAAAUAAUAAACACUAUGGCAAUCGAAGAUGAAAAAAAAGCAGUAGAUAUGUUUGAACUUCUAGAAGAACUUAUUGAAUUUGCUGUUAGUGUGGUGGCGCCACAUUUGAAAUCAAUAAUUGAAAUGUGCCUUCAGUUAGCUAGUAACAGUGGUACACCGAAAUCUGUUCAAAUCAAAGCUAUUAGUGUUGUGGGAUGGUUAAUAAGGUCGAAAGGAAAGGUAGUUCAGAAAAAUAAACUUGUUGAACCUAUUAUCGACGUUUUGAUACUUUUAAUGGCCCAAAAACCGGAAGAUGAGGGCAACGAAGAAUAUUUCAUGGGUGAUCCAGAUCAAUUUACAUCCAUUACAGCUGCAACUCAAACUCUAGACCUCAUCGCUCUUAAUAUCCCAGCUGAGAAAGUAAUACCUUACGUUUUGACUAAAGUAGAGCCAGCAAUACAAGGUGGGGAAAUUUAUUCUCAGAAAGCCGCAUAUUUAUCGUUGGCUGUAUUAGCCGAAGGUUGUUCAGAAUGCAUUAGAAACAAAUACCUGGAAGCUUUCCUCAAAUGCGUGUGUUCAGCUAUACACAAUCCUAAUGCAGUUGUUAGAAAUGCGGCGUUCUUUGCUUUGGGGCAGUUCGCUGAACAUUUACAACCAGAGAUAAGUCAAUACGCCUCAGAAUUAUUACCGGUGUUGUUUGAAUGUUUGGGACAAACUUUUAUACAAAUGGAAGCCGAGAAAAAAGAUCCUCCGAGUUUAGACAGGUUGUUUUAUGCUUUGGAAACGUUCUGUGAAAAUUUGGAUGAAGGAUUAUUGCCUUAUUUGCCUACACUAAUGGAAAGAAUAUUCGCCGCAUUGGAUCCAAACGGUUUUUCUCUUCAAUUAAAAAGAGUAGCAUUGAGUACAUUAGGAUCAGUAGCUAGUGCAGUAAAAGAAGGUUUAUUACCAUAUUUUUCUAAAGUCAUCGAUAUUUUGAAGGUAUACAUUAAUUCAGAUCCGAAUUCUGAAAUUCACCAAAUUCAGUGCUAUGCAAUUGAAUCUUUGGCAGUUGUAGCACAGUUUAUUGGUCCUGAAAACUUCCGACCUUUAACUGGUGAUUGUUUACAACUGGGAUUAAAAAUAUUAGAGGGUACAUCUGAUCCUGAUAUAAAUAAAAGUGUUUAUGCCCUUUUCGCAGCUCUAGCAAUAAAUAUGAAGGAAGAAUUAAGUCCGGCUUUGCCGAAAAUAGUGAAUGAAAUGAUUGGAAGUAUUCAAAGUAGUGAAGGAAUUGUGACUCAUUACGAAGAUGAAGAUAAGGAUGAAAUAGAUGUCUAUGGUGAGUUGUCAGAAGAUGACGAGGAUAUAGAAGAAGACAUAGACGGUUCUUCGUCAGGAAGCGGAGAUUCUACUCAAUGUCGAUAUUCCGUAGAAAAUUCUUAUAAUGAAGAAAAAGAACAAGCGUGUCUAUCCUUAAAGGAUAUAUGUUUAAAUACAGGAGCUGCUUUUCUUCCAUAUAUCGAAAAAUGUUUUGAAGAGAUUUUCAAAUUAAUCAACUACCCGCAAGAUGAUAUUCGGAAAGCUUCAGUGGAGGCACUCCUCCAAUUUUGCAUAACAUUAUACAAAUACAGUACUCCUGAUAACAAACAAUCUUUGUAUAGAGCGUUACAAAUGUUUGUACCAAAGUGCGCUGAAUUAAUAAGAGCCGAUGAAGAAAGAAGUGUAGUUAUGGUAUGUUUGGAUUCUUACACGACACUUUUAGAUGAAAUUAAAGGAGAAGUUUUCGUUAUUGACGGUCAUAGAGAGGCUAUCAUGAACUGUGUUGUCGAUGUUUUGAAUUUAAAAACAAUGUGUCAGGAUACUGAUCUAGCUGGUCAAACUGAAAAUAACGAAGAUGACGUCGAAGCCGAACAAGACGAAUUAUUAUUGGAGUCUGCUGGUGAUGUUAUACCGAAAUUUUCGGCAGCUAUACGCCCCGAUGAUUUGGCAUCGUAUUUUCCGAAUAUAUUGCAAUUAAUGUCCGCUAGGACGAAAAAGCAACAUAGUAUCGCCCAAAGAUCAUUUGCCUUCGGUACUUUAGCCGAAUGUAUGAAGUACUUGGAUAUUUAUGUAGAAAAAUUCGUUCCUACACUAUUAAAUUUAUGGUUUACUGGUGCUAGAGAUUCUGCAGGUGAAGUGAGGAAUAACGCCAUAUUCGGUUUAGGAGAAAUGAUUUUACACGGAAAAGAUAAAGUUUUUGGUCAAUAUUCGGAUAUUUUACAAGCUCUUUCAACUGCCGUUUCGAAGGAAACACAUUCAGGAACCUUAGAUAAUAUUUGCGGUGCUCUAGCUAAAAUGAUAUUAGUCAAUGCUAAUGGUAUACCAUUAGAUCAAGUUUUCCCUGCGUUUUUACAAAAACUUCCGUUAAGAGACGAUUUCCAAGAAAACGAAGCUGUCGUCAAAUGUUUUUACUCCCUGUACCAACAGGGAAAUUCAGUGCUGAAACAACAUUUAGUUGACGUUAUAAAAGUUUUAGUUCAUAUUUAUUAUAAAGGACAAACACCUAAUGAUGAUAUCAAAAAUGUAUUGGGGGAAUUUAUAAAAACUAUCAACCGCGAUUUUCCUCAAGAAUUUGCUAAUUCCGUGUCUUCCCUAGAACCAGCCGCGACAGAAUCGAUACAAAAACUAUUAUCAUCCUAAAUAAAACCUAUGUUAAAAUAACUUCGAAGCUAAGAUGUUCUAUUUUCCUGUUGUACUCCAAUUUCUGUGCUUUUUUCUUCACGAAACAGAACAAAAAUAAUUUAAUCAUAAUGUUUAAGUAUAUAUUUAUUUAUAGAAAGUUUUUACGUUUUACUCAAUUGACUAACGUUCUUUGUAAAUACCAAACUACAAAUAUCUUCAAAAUCGAAAUGAAAUUAUCAUAUUCUCACAAUAACUGUCACACAUUUUUGCUGAUUAAAUCUGUACAAUUUUCCUCGUCAUCUUGUAUAUUUCAUCAUCAUCGUCAUAUAGCUCCCAGUGGAGCAAAGCGCACCUAUUGGUGCUUCAGCAGUUGUGGUAAAACCAUGAGAUUGCUAUCCUCUUACAUAGUUAUGUGGGCUUCUUUUGAUGACGAGGACUCUCCAUUUUCUUCUGUUUUUAACUAUUUCUGUAGUCUCUUUCCAUGUUAAGUUACUUAUAUUCAUCAAUCUCAUUUCUUUUAAAAAUAAAUUAUGACAUAUCAAUUCAAUUGCCUUGUUUCCACUUAAUUUAAAUUUAUAGCUUCCAACUUUACAUGCAAUGAAGUGGUGAAUUAAUUUCGCACAAAGUAGAACCUUUUAAACUGAAGCAGUUACAAUUAGGAACCUCAUAAGUAGAUUAAGUGAACUUACAUCACAGUAUUAAAAUUUUAUUCAAUUUUCUUGAUUCACAUCAACAUAUUCGUGGGUAUCCAUCUUAGUAACACGACUGUUUUUCGUUUUCAUCAAAUUUAUAAGUUAUACCUCAAUAAACUGAGUUUUCUGAGGAGCACGUUUUAGUGAAUACACCAAAACCGGUGACAAUAUUUGAAAUGAAACGAGUUCCUUGGAAAAGUAUUCUACGCAAAUUUUCAGUAGUGUCCGAUACACAUAUCGACUCAGCUCUACCUAGUAUACUCUGAAAAUUAUGGAUUGAGGAUUUUAAGUCUCUUUGAUCUGAUUAGGUUUUUAGGUAGACAAAUUGGUAAAAAAUAUUUUGUUUCUGGAAAGAUAUUUGAAUUUUGGUGAAUAUUUCAUUGUGGCAUGUGCCUUUGUUAUUUUUAUAUUGAAUUUAAUAUAUAAGUUGAUGUAAUAAAUAUUUUAUUUCUUUAUAAUAACCUGUUCCCUUUGCAAUAUAAAUAGCAACCCUCGUACUUACAUCUUGUUAAAUAAACCAUUUUUGGUAAUUGAAAUUAAAAUACUUGUUCAAGUUGUAAUUAAUAUAUUUUUGAAUUAAAAUUGUAUGGUGGCAAACAAAUAUAAAAUUAUUAAUAGUAUUUUGCGGGUAAUCACAUCCUUUCUCGUUUUGUACAAUUAAUAAAAAAUAAAAUUACAAAAUAUCAACUACCCCCAAAAUCCUUUCAAUUCCUACUUUCAUAGUACAGAGACCUUUCGUAUUAGACUCGACAGAAAUUCCCCUUAAUUUGAUGCUAAUGAAACUAUUCAAGAAUAUCCCUUCAAUAUUAGGGAUGUUUUUUAUUAUAUAAACUUCCCUUACAAACACUUUUUAAGCGAUAACAAACUAUAUAUUGAAAUGAUUGUUAAUAUUCACAAAAAUAGUGACAUUUAAGAAACCUCACGCUCAACUAGAAGCCUAAUUUGUAAGUUAUUUUGUUUGUAGUUCUUAGUGUCGUUAACAAAGUGUUUGCAAUUAUUAUAAAUAAAUAUGGGAAGUUGUGGGGGCUUUUUCUUCAUGCUUAUGGUCCUACUAAUAGUUAAAAAUUGUACAUAUUCAAUUUAUUGAGUACAUUGUUGCUGCUCUAAACAGAUAUAUAACAUAAAAACCGUUUAAAACAUUAAUAAUGUACAACGAUAAGUAUUACAGGUAAUAUUUAUAAAACGGUAUUCAAGUACUCCCAGUUUAUAAAUUAUAAUUUAUUUGUUGUUCACAUUACAAAUAACAUUUAUUUAACCUUUUCUAAAUAAAAAAAUAUAAUUAAUAAAAAAAUAAAUUAAUUAGUAUUCUAUUUCCAUUUGAGUGUUGUUUAAAUAGCGAAAUUUCAUUUUAAGAUUCUUUUACUUUACCUCCUAGGAAGCCAAUUUGAUAAAUUAUGCUGUGGUUGAAGUUCGUCCUCAAUGACCAUACAUUUUGAUCUGAAGAAUUAGCUGUAGCGAACCACAUCCAUUUUAAUUCUACUUUUUUUCAUUUUUAUGUUAUUGAUCUCAUAUGCUUGUAUUUGGAAAUUGGUAAUAAGCAAUUGAAAAGGAAGUAGAUAGGAGCAAAACCAAUUAUUAGGAUAACUAAUCUACAGGGGUUGAGACAGGCAAAGGCACUCCUGGGAAACUAUAACGAAAGAAAAUUUGCUGAAUGUAUCAGUAAAAACAAUCUACAAAUAUUGAAAGGAGUCCUAUUGGGGCAAUGUCGCCUCAAAGGAUACCUAAAGACGCUAAAUUUAGCAGAUAAUGCAGCGUGCAUAUUCUGUGUUGCAGAGGAAGAAACCUCUAUCCACAUUCUCUCAAAGUGUGAGACACUCCAGAACUUUUUAAGAGGAGUGGGAUUAAUAGAUUAGCUGUAAACAGUGAGAUCCCCAGUACCGCAACAAGAAACGGGGGCACAAUAAAUCCUUUGGGUCACAGUAUACAUGGUACCCUAUUAUACAUAAAUUUUUAUAACAAAUCGAAAUUUUGAAAAAAUAUUAUAAAAAGGCGGAAUUAAAGUUGUAUAUUGUAUGAAGAUUUAUACUGGAGGCGACAUAAUUUAUCUGAAGAAGGGUUGAUUGUUGCAGUUUCUAUAACAGUCUAACAGUGGUAUUACAGUGAUAACGGUUGUCUCAGUGGUGUAGAGAGGCCGGAGCGAUUAAAUAGACUACUGAAUGGCUGAAUUUAGCGAUAGAGAUGUCUUAGAGAAAUCACAAAAAGAAAUUCAUUGAGAGUACACCAUAUCUUGUAGUGCUUAAUCUAAAUUAUAUUAAGGAGGUUAGUCACUACUCACAGCUUCGGUACAGUUAAUUUCAGUACUACAUCACUGGGUAGUUUGAUGAUUUUCAAGCUGGACCUGAUGUUACUGCAUAUCACUAUAGUAGUAGAGGAAAACAAUCUAAAAAUGAAAUUUUGUAACUUUAAUAUCACUCAAAUGAGGAAAUUGACAAAUUAAUAUAUUUUGGAAGCGACUAAAUGAAAGAUGUGAACCACAGUAAUUAACAAAAUACGAAAACCAUAACAAACCUAUUGGCAUGUUACAAUACUCACUUUUGGUUGAAUGUGGUAAGGGAUUAUUCGAAAUAAAUGGUUUACUGAAAAAAAUUUCUUCCGAAUUCAAUAUAUUAUGAAAAAUUAAAUUCUAGAAUCGUUUUUUCCAGAAUAAAGCAUCAGACUUUACAACCUUCAUAUUCAUGAUACUUUGAAUUAACAAAAUAUUCUAAUUACAUAUCAGAAUCGUUUUUUUUUAAUAUAUUUUAAUUUUUUUGUAUAAAUUUCAGUCUUUCUAUACAUAUUUUCAAUUAUAAUUUGAGCAACUCAUGUUUUAAAAUAUCAAAUGUUUUAUUUGCGAAACAGUAACUCUUUCAAUUUACAUUUUUUCUGCUACUGUUUAACGAUGAUUGAAAUGGUUAAAAAAUGUGAUGGGAAAAAUGUCUUAUGCUGGUAAUUGUACCCUGAUGUAUUAAUCUUAAUUUGUUACCGGUGUUGACUUAAUUUACAAUCAGUUCUUUUGGACUAAACAGUCAUAUAAUAAAUUUUAUCCAAUAUAAAAAUCGAUUAAUUUUAAAUCUGGUAAUUUAGUUGGUCAUUUAUAAUUUUAUUGAUUUAGUAUUAAUUAUUUUACGUAUAAAUUUCGAGGAAAAAAAAGAUUUUACCAAAAUGUCUGGCAGUUAUGCAAUAUAAAAGUAACAAACUGGAAGGAAUCGAUUCGGUAUAUUGAAAAAUGAUUUAUAAGAUCAACAAUUUAAUGAUCAAGUUGAUUAUAGAAUUGUAUAAAGAAUAGAAUCCUAUUCUUUAUACAAUGAUUAUAUCAAUCCCUAAAUUAAAAUUGACAAACAUUUUCAGCUAAAAAUACAGUUUUUCUUGUAAAGUUUCGAUUUUUCAGGAAACUUCUUUAAAUGAAAAGCGUAACCAAUUGCAACUAAAGUUGCAUGACAAUUCAGAAUUUUCUGGGAAUAAAAAAUUUUCAGUUUUUUCAUAAACUUUCAAUGUCAAAAGUGUGAAGGUAAAAUAUAAACAUGUGGUUUAACUCUUUAGACAGUUACCUUCUGAACUUCAUUCUUUAUUUUGAUAUGGUCAAAGCAUGGAAUUGGAAAAAAAAUCAUGUCAAGAAACGAAAGUUGCUUCUUGUCAAGAAAAACUGAAUUUUACAAAGAUCAAUGUGAAAAAAAUUUAUAUUUUUGAUAUAAUGUGAUUAUAACUCGAACAAAUUUAACAAAAAAGUCCUGUAGGAAAAGGGACAUUACGUGGAAAUAAAAUAAAUUAUAAAGAACUACCUACACAGGAUAUAACUUUUCAUUUCCUUGAGAUAUAUGGGGUAAAUGUCGAAUGAUUUCCAAUGGGAAAUUUAAUAUGGUCCGAUGAAAUGACACUAAUGUCGUUUUGAUAAAUUGUGUACAGGGCCCCAUAAUCCACGAAUAGGUAUUCCAAAAAGAGUCUCGAUUCAAAUAACUCUAGUUCAUAUAAAAGGAAUCAAUUUGAUCGACUAAUUCACACCCACUUAUAUGAUUAGAAUAAACUUUUGGAUUUUUUUGUGGGCUUGUAUGAUACAAGAACGAGUAUUGCAUAAGGUUCUGUACAUUCUUCUGAAUAAUGCUUAUAUAGAAAGAUGAGCUUAAUAUGGAUCAGUUAGAUCAUUUCAAUAGGAAAAGGGAAUCUAAACAAGUGUAUGUAUCAUGGAAGAAUCUGUAGAUAUACUUAUGUAAGAAAUAUAACCUUUCACUCCACCCGAAAUGUUUUUCCGAGUACCAUAAAAUAUAAAUUAAGUUGUAGGGCCCCAAAAAAAAACUCCAUUCAAAGCCUAUAGUACAUAUGGGAGGAAUCGAUUCGAUUGACUAAGUUAUACCUACAUAUAGGAUUGGAAUAAGGUAAACAAAAGUGGUGGUUCAAUUUUUUCUGGGCCAUAAAUGCUUGUAUGGUAAAAAGAUGGUGUUUGUAUAGGAUGUAAGAUUCUAAAAUAAAUCUUUUGCAAUUCUAGAGGGAAUAUGUUAUGUACUUUCCUCAGAAUGAACAACACCUAAUUGGUGCGCAUGGUUAGAAUGACAAUGAGGAACGCUUCUGGCAGAGUGAAGGUAUCGGGGAGUGCCACUAGCGACAAUUUCUCACUGGAAGGUGUUGCAAGGAGCUUCCGAAGGAAUCCCAUUGGGACUAUUUGCGCCUAUGCGGAUGAUGAUGACAUCAUGGCACGAACCAUUUGUAGUUCAAGCGAGUAGGUGAAGUAACAGGACUCAAAAUCAAAAAACAGAAAACCAUGAGAACCUCAAGGAGAAUACCGACCUCCCAAACCGCGUUCCAAAUCAGAGAACAUCGUACCACCAAUUCAAAUAUCUUGGGUCUUUGAUAAAUGAAGGAAAUGCUUCAGGAUUCUCACGAAAGUCAAUGCUCACAAUUUACAAGGCAAUAACUCGUCCCGUAGUCACAUAGGGAUGCGAGACAUGGACUAUAACGACAAGUGAGCGGAUUUUGAACUGCUGGGAACGUAAGAUUUUCGCAAGAACGGCGCUAGAAGGAUGGGGUGGCAGAAUCGCACGACCCUUCUUGCUAUUUGAAAAAUCUGAUGGUGUAGCAGUCAAGGGGAUGGGGUAAAACGGGUGACAAUAGUUGGUACGUUAUAAAACACCUCGUUGAAAAUAAAAAUUGACGGUUGAGUUGGAUUCAUACUGACACACCUUUUACGCGCUGACGCGCGUUUCGAUAAUAAAGUUAUCGUCUUCAGAAACUGAAGAUAAACUUUUUACCUCGGUGUUUAGUGUAGAGGGGUAAAACUUAUCGGUACCGUACAUUUAGUACGGAAUAAUUUUUUUUUUUAUUUAUUUUAGUGAUCUAUUGAUUUAGAAAAUUGUCGAUCUUUGACGAGAGUACUUGAAUCCCAAAGUCAUUUUUUGUACCUAUGAUAUCUUCGUAUAUUUUUAUACAAAAAAAAACAGACAUUAAUCCUAAAAUUAACAUGAAUAAAGUCUUCAUCACAGUUUUACUAUAAUUAAUUCCUAUAAUAAUUAAUAUAUAUUACGAGAAUAUUAAAAAAAUCUGUACAAGUUGUAUUACGCCCUAAUAUAUUUAUAAAAUAAAACAUUGUUUUU